AUGGAGAAUUGGAGGCACAAAGUUGGAAUGGGAAACUUGGCAAUGCUGGAGACAGUGUCAGAAAUUGUAGAGGAGUGUGAUGCUGCUACGCAGAACUUGAUUACCCAACAUCUUGAGGCCUUGGAAGGGGAAUUUAAAAGAUACUUCCCAGAUAUCCAAAGCCUAACUUCUCGGCUAGUAAGGGGCCCCUUCACUGUUCCAGUGACAUGCAUUCCUGAUGACAAUUAUGAUGACCAUACUCAGCUGUUGACACUUCAGGAGCAUUCAGGAGCUAAAAUGAAGUUUGAAACUGAAUCUCUCACAGUAUUUUGGUCAUCAAUGGCAUCUUCAUACCCAAACUUAUGUGACUUAGCUUUUCUCCACCUCCUCCCACUUUCAUCAACUUAUUCCUGUGAGGCUGCAUUCUCUCAACGACUCCACAUUAAAACGAAAUAUCGCAACAGAAUUGAAGUGAAGUAUGACCUACGGUGUGCUUUAAGUGAAACAAAACCAAGAAUCAAAAAGCUUGCUGAUAAUCUGCAACAUCACCCUUCACACUGA